CCAAAGCGUCACCUGUUGGUUAAAAAGCGCAAAUACUGCACGGCGUAAAGAAAACGCAAUUACGUCACAGUCUAAUGGCGGUCGGACAACAUGGGUACGGAAGACGUGUCGAGAGAAGAAGCUAAGAAGGCUCGAGCAGAGAUAAACAGACAACAGAUCGAGAAUAGACUUAAACUUGAACAAUGGCAACAAAAGCUGAGGCUUAGAGGCCGCAGACAAAUCAGAGCAGGUUUCGGAGUUUGGGCCAUCGCCGUUGGCAUUUUCGCCUACACCUACUACACGAAGCCAGAUAUCAUUAAGGGCGAGACUGAGAACCUCAAGAGCAUCAUCAUGGGGGGUCCCUCAUCAGGGCCCAACUCAUAAGAACACCUUUGGCCUACCUACCACAGUUUCAACCACAGACUUUCAUCUCAGGCGUUGAGGUCAUAGGCCUACAGGUGUCAUCAGCUUGCGAGAACAAAACCAUUUUGAGUGUGAUCGUUUGAAAAUGAAUCCUGAAUUAUCAAAAAUGAGAUGGAAUUGCUCCCUUGACAUCAUUUUGUAUAGCCUUCAUGACUCAUGAUGCUGUUAUAGUAUUUUCAACUUAAAGUUAUGAUGUAAAUAUGGUGUGAUGUAAUAAAUUAUUGGGUCAUGCAUAUGGCUGACUUUUCUGUAUUCUAUUGAAUGAAAACUCAUAGCAUAAUUUCAGUUCCUUUUAUUGUUAUUCCACAAUACAUGCGUAUAAGGAACAGAAAUGGGCUGCUUGCUUGAGUUGCCAAUUGAAUGUGGCAGAUCAGAUGUUUGGCAACUUUUUGAAUUUGUGUGAAUAAAAGACAUGAGGAUUCCAAAUGUCAAGACAUUGUUAAA